AUGAUCAGGGCAGCUAUCGCCUUUGGCGCUGUAUUUUCCGUUGGAUUCUCCGCUGGCAACGAUAUCCACAGUCUACAUCCCCAGAUACCUUCGCUCGAACACUUCAUUCCAUCCUCGGCCCAACCCUUCACUGUCUCUGGGACCAUUCAUAUCAUUGUUGACUCCAACUUUGCAACUCAGAGUGGCUCGGAUGACGCAUACUCACCGUCUCUUUUACAGUAUGCAACUACCUUUCGCGAAGACCUGCUUUCGCUCACAGGCUUCUCCAACAUUCCCCCUAUUCUACUCGGGACCAUGCCUUUUACCAAUGCCGCGAAUUCUGUGGUUUUUCUUUCUCUUGGUGCCACCAAUAAGACCAACUAUAACGGAAAGCAUUCGCUGGAGGGGUACGAUUUGGACAUCUCAAGCACGACGUUUAUCAUCCGAGGUGUUGGUGCCGUUGGCGCAUGGUGGGGUACGCGGACAUUCUUACAGCAAAUUGCUAUCGGGAAGCACGAUGAAGGCACUUCUUUCAUCUCGAUACCUGCCGGCUCUGGCUUCGAUGUUCCUGGUUGGGCAGUUCGAGGGUUUAUGCUUGACGCAGGGCGACAUUGGUUUGAGGCCUCCUUCAUCUCGGAUCUCUGCAUAUACGCGUCUUUCUUCAAACUGAAUGAAUUGCACCUCCAUGCCUCUGAUAACCUCUGGAAUCCAGCCUUUUUAUACAAUGCAGGAGACUCCUGGCGCGACCUCUAUGCUGCUUUUCGUUUCCGGCCAUCUCUGCUUUCCAAUAUCGUGGGACUCGUGCCUCGCCGCAAUGAAAGUUGGAGUCGUGAAGACUUUCGUGAUAUGCAGUCUACGUGUUUAAUGCAUGGCGUCAACAUCGUUCCAGAGAUCGAUACGCCUGGACAUUCGCUCGUUAUCACGCAAUGGAAGUCUGAACUGAUGUUGGUCGGUAAUCCUGACCAGCUGAAUUUGAGCUAUCCCGAAACAACCCCUACAAUCCAAGAGAUUUGGGACGAAUUUCUGCCAUGGUUCGUCUCGCAGGAAGUGCACAUCGGUGCUGAUGAAUACGACACCGACUAUGCUGACGACUACAUCUCAUUUGUCAACACGAUGUCUUCCUACGUCUCUAGAUCCACGUCACCUGCCAAAUCUACCCGCAUUUGGGGAACCUUUGAACCUAGCAACACUUCUGCUGUCUCUACAAAUAUCACAAUUCAACACUGGGACUUCCCCUCCACCAUUCCCACUUCUCUCAUGUCUCAAGGUUACCCGAUUAUCAAUUCCGAACAAGCUUUCCUCUACCUCGACGGAAAAACGUCUGAAAACAAUCAAUUUCCCCAAUCGUUAAAUGAGACCCUCAUGUGGUCUGGAGCGCCAGACGGCACAGGCUGGGCACCCAAUAUCUUCUCCCCAACUGACGCGUCGAAUAACACGUCCCCCAACGCACCGUUACUCCGCGGUUCUGUGAUGGCACUGUGGAACGAUUGGGGAAACAACGCUACGACGCCGCUGGAGAUAUACUAUCAGCUGGCUCGGAGCUUGGCCGUGUUCGCGGAGAAGACCUGGGCAGGAUCUGGCGUUCGUGAUUCAGCUCUCAGUCGUGAGCAGUUCGAGCACAUCUAUCCCACGUUGAACGCCGCUGCCCCUGGACAGAGCCUCAAUCGAAACUCGCCGAGUGUUCCUACUGAUGACAUGGUAUUUGAGUAUGCCGAGGUCGGUCCUGCAGGUCAAUAUACCGGCGUGGCCAGCGUCGGCCCUCCAUACACAUUUUCUUUCACCGUUGGAGCGUCUCACCUCGGGCACAGGGGUGUUUUGUUCACCGGACAAGACUCCAUCCUCCACCUGCUUGAUGCGUCUCUUGCGUUCGAGGAUCCAACCACGAACAUACUCUACUCCCUCGCCAACUUCACCAUGCCAGAUGGAGUAGACACACCUAUGAUCAUUCACGCCACACGAGAGUAUACGUGUGCUUUCGUUGAUGGUGAUGCAUUCUUUUUUACCACCUUGUUGGAUAUCUGGGGGGAUUAUCUGGCAGUUGCGAAUAUGUCGUUCGCUGCUCCCAGCAACUUCAUCGCUGGUGAUAUGGGUAUUCGGGACGUUGCGCUCGUGGUGAGAUGA